AUGCCCCGUCUAUUCCAAAGUCGCGCUCGUCCCUCAAGGGAACACACGAGGGAGGAGUAUCCUCAAUACCAGAACUAUAAAAAUGAUAAUGGAGACUAUGGAUACGACUACCAAAGGUAUGAUGGACGUGAACAAGAACCCCAGCAUUCCUCUUCCUGGAGCAGAGUGCUCACGAAGAAAGCUAAGGUCAAUGAAAGAACAUACCAGGGAGAAUACGAGGAUCGGCGUCGCGACGGAUGGUAUCGUGCCAACGUGGAAGAAUAUCCUGAAGAAUAUCAGGAUGACCAACUAGAUCGCGAGACCUUCUCUGACGACACGGAAUCCUUCGUAGAAAUUAUGCCGCGUAGGAGUAGCCCGAUACCUGUCGUGCAGCGCGAGAGCUCUCUGAGCCGCAUCCAGGAAGCGUUCGCUGACCAUGGUGCAUAUGAGCCGGCUUCGCAGGCGACCACCGCUGAGCAGGACACUCCACGAUAUAACUCCAGGGAGCUGGGCAGGACGGGACCUCUUGAGAUGGCGACGGUGCAGGAAGCAAGGCAAGGGCCGGUAAUGGUCAGCAGCCCACCAAAGGAAGGAAUACGGGCGGAUGUGAUGCAUCCGCCUUCGCGUCGAGAACAUCGUUCUGGCAAACGCAGAGACCCAUAUGCGCAGAGCGACUACCCACGUAACGUAACGUACGAUGACUGUAAACCGCACGAAGAGCCUCCCCCAGUAACAGUCGUUGUGGAACAUGGUAGACAUGGAGAAAAGGACACAUAUUACAUUAUUCCUGAUGGUACCCCCGUCAUAUUUAAGGACGAGGAUGGCAAUGAACUCACUCGGCUUGGUGAUUUCAGCGGAAACUACAAACCAGCUCCCAUUCGCCCGGUCAUUAUCCAGGACCAGUACGGACGCGAGAUCUGCAGAGCGGGGUUCGAAGAGGCCGGCCGAGCUUCUAAGAGUCGGUCUGAUGACGAUCUCUACUAUGAGGAUGAUAGAUCGAGCCGCCGAGGUCUAUCUUCCAACCAACGCGGAGUAGCAUCCCAAUCCUCAUCGCGGAAAUAUAAUUCGAAUGGCUAUGACGACGAGAAUCGAUACUAUUCUUCCCGCAAUACUGUUAGAGAGAGCCCCAAUGUGGUUUACAUUGACCCUUUCAGCCCGCGGAAGCAAUUCUCCUCGCCCAGCCUGUCUGAUUCGUCAAGUAGAUCUGGCUCAGGCUCUCGACGACACAAGGAUCGGUACCAUGAGACCGCGCCACGGAAGUAUGAACACGAAUCGCCGAACGUCAUACACCUCGAUCCUCGUGGGAUGAAGAAGUCGGGUGAAGGUUCUAGGUCCAAUGAGUCAGGAAGCCAGUCAUACCGCGGCCGUUCUUACAGGUAA